AUGCCAACGAGCUUGGACAUGAUAAUGGCGGAGCUCAAGCAGCUCGCGCCGCGGCUUCGAUACUAUAAACCGACUGAUGAAAUGUGGCAACAGGUGGAGAAAAAGGCACUGGAGGCUCGUGAACAAGUGGAAUUAAUGUUAUGUUCGGCUGAAGGAGUAGCGGAGCUACGAGGUAGUGGUGUCUUGCAGGAAAUCAAGAGACUGGUGCCAGAAGUAACACGUGAAGAAAUUGCGGAACUAAAAGUAUCCGAUUUUGUCCUGGGAAUGAUUUUUGAAAAACCGUUUGCGGUAUUUGAGCAAGUAUAUCGCGGUUUUGGGGCAGAGUACGCCAAGGAAUUAUCCAGCGAGGCUCGAAAAAGCUCAAACUUGAUCAAGUCUUCAUAUGUCUACGGUGAAAUUCAAUUCUUUCCAUUUGCCGAUAUCAUCCGCUGGGUCGCUCCAUUCUUACCCGAGUUUGCUACUUUCUAUGAUCUGGGAUCUGGCAUUGGCAAGGCAGUAAUUGCGGCAAGUUUGGUACAUCCUUUUGAGCAGGCAAUUGGAAUUGAGUUGUUUGAGCCUCUAGUUCACUGUGCUGAGAAGCGUAAAGUUGCCUUGGAGAAGCUCAAGACCCCGCUUUUGCAGACGGACAUUGACUUCAUUACAGGCAGCUUGCUGACAUCCAAAUGGGAGGAUGGUGACGUCGUUUUUUGUCACGGCACGUGCUUCGACGACAAAGAAUGGACUCAGAUAUCUUUGGCAGCAGAGAAGCUCAAGCAGGGCGCGUUUUUCAUCUCGACAACGCAUGUAUUGCGCACAGGGCUGUUUGAAGUGAUCAAGAGCGUCAAAUUCACGAUGAGCUGGGGACUUGCUACUGUCUAUAUCCAUCGUCGACGAAAAAUUGGCCGUUGGGCCGCUCAAAUGCUACGAGGGGGUCGCUCUACGCGUACGGACCUUUUAGAACGGUCCUCAGCAUCACAGACACAACAGAAGGUUGAAGGCCAGACUACUCGUGCGAGCAAUGACGCCGACGUGACGCAAUGA